GUCUAUAACUCACAAUGGCAUCAAGCUCAAUGUCUUCUCACAGCUCUGGCUCGUGGACCGCUAAGCAGAACAAAGCCUUUGAGCAGGCUCUAGCUACCUAUGACCAGGAUACUCCUAACCGUUGGUACAAUGUUGCCAAAGUCGUGGGUGGGAAAACAACAGAAGAGGUAAAGAGACACUACGAACUCCUGGUGCAAGAUAUCAACAGCAUAGAGAACGGUCACGUUCCAUUCCCAAACUACAGGGCUAGUGGAGGCUGCACCAAUGGCAGGCUGAGUCAUGAGGAAAAAAGGAUGAGAGACAUGAGGCUGCAGUGAAUCAAAAAGCCAUCGAGAAUAAAAGAGGAUAACACCGAGUUAUUGUUUUUAUAUUAUACACCUAAAUUCUCAUGUCUCUCCCAUAAGCUUAACGCUAAAU